AUGUCUGUCUGUUUAACAAAAACUGAGAUCAUUGCUGGAAGUGUUGAUGGAACUAUACGCACAUUUGUCAUCCGGAUUGGUAGAGAAUUAUUUGAUGAUUUGGGGCAACCUGUAAACUGUAUCUAUCUAUCAAAUGAUGGUAACUAUGUAUUAGCCAGUUGUCUGGAUUCUACUCUGCGCCUUUUGGACAGAACUAGUGAAGGAAGGUUUAUGAUCAGGGGUGUUUCGCAAGAUAUUCAAUCACUCUAUUUUUUCAGUGAUAAUCAGACAAUUGAUAUCACCAAUCUACUAAAAGAAAAAAGCAAAUAUGGUACCGAUAAUUGCUGGGGCAGUUGGGGGACUAAAGAAGAUGCACCAGUGGUCAAGGGGGCAGUCAACUACAAUUAUAAACAUCUGCAGUUGGCAACGAAUAACUUCAGUGAAGAGAAUAGUAUAGGGAGAGGUGGAUUUGAUGAAGUAUUCAAGAAAAAAAAACGUCAUAGCUCGAAAAGCACAUUUCUUAAAUUCAGACACUUAUGGUUUAUUCAACUUUCUAAUACCGGGAAGCUCUUUCUAUUCGGGCAUAGAAUCCUCACAUUGGCUUUCAACUUGUGUUCGUAG